AUGAUGUUAAAGGAUGACGUAGCGGGAGUAUAUCUCUAUUCAAGCAGCUUGGACCUACAUAUUGACAUGGCCUCGGAGCAGGCUCAAGCCAAAAAGAAAAAAAAAAACUGCUUAUCCUAUGCCAUGGACCAUCUCAGACAACUGGUGGUGGUCACAAGUCCGAACACUGAAUGGCUGAGAACCCUGAGAAAGGAUUUCUGUACUCUGUGCAUGCCUCUCUGGCCGUGUGAGGAGCUCCAAGAAGCUGCAUUCGCGGUUAGUCUCACAGACUCGAGCGGAGUCGAUUGCAUCGCAGAUGAUGCCAUGGAGACGCGGUUCAACAUAUUCGGCGGUGUCGCCCGAGAGCGCUUUCUACCGUCGGAAGAUCUCGUCUUGGCAGUCGAUUACUUCACAAAAGAAAUACUCCGAAUCUCCGACGCGAAAGAACUCGGUUUUAUGCUUGCCUGUGGUGGACUAAACGACAAUACCUGCAAUGGUAUUCUCCACCAAGUGCCUUGUGAAGGUAAAAAGCGGACAUUUACAAAAAUCGCGUCUCCCUUCGUCGUGGAGGAACUUGAAGAGAAUCUAUUGAAAGCAGUCCAAAAUGACAAUGAGAAGCUACACACUUUACUGAGCGACAGCCCAAGAGUUGCAGCACUCUCUGAAUGGAUCUUUACUGUGAUGUACAUGAAAUGCUAG